UCUGCCGACAGCAGCCCCGGAGCUGGAGCUUGCAGUGUGUCCAAUUCCCAAACCUAACGUGAUCUCUCAGAUGGAACGAAGGGAAGAGUUGGAGGUGCCGGAUCUCCAGGGUUCUGAAGAGAGGGAGAUCCUGAAACACAGCUGCACAGGUGCUCCUCCGGAAGAUCCUGAGCAAGUGGACCCAAACGGGAUGUUUUUAGAAAGAGCCAAAAGAAAUGUUUCCCAGAAUCCUGAGCAGAGUCAGCACAUAUCAGAGAGUGAGCAGGGAAACCACAAAGGGGGGAGAGAGGAAAAAUCCAGUGACCACCAGGGAGGUUUCAAUGUUCUUAAUGAAACCACGAUCCAGCUGAGAGUCCACAUGGGGGAAAGAUCCUACGAGUGUGCUGAAUGUGGGAAAGCCUUUAGUUGGAGAUCACACCUUACUGCCCAUGAGAGAAUCCAUACAGGAGAGAAACCCUAUAAAUGUCUGGACUGUGGGAAAAGUUUUAGUCAGAGAUCCCACCUUACUACACAUGAGAGAAUCCACACUGGUGAGAAGCCCUAUAAAUGCCCCGACUGCAAGAAAAACUUCCGUCGCAACUCACAGCUUAUUAAUCAUCUGAAAUCCCACAUGGGACAGAAGCCAUAUAAGUGUCCCGACUCUGGGAAAAGCCUCCGGCGCGUUUCACGCCUUACUGCGCACAGCGGAGAGAUGGCUUAUCAAUGUCCGGACUGCAAGAAAAGCUACAGUCAGAUGUCACGCCUUGUUAGACAUCAAAGGUUCCACACAGGAGAGAAACCUUAUAAGUGUCUGGACUGCGGGAAGAGCUUCUGUCAGAGCUCAGACCUUAUUACGCACCAGAGAACCCACACGGGGGAGAAGUCCUACACAUGCUCUGAAUGUGGGAAAAGCCUCAAUAGAAUCUCACACCUUGUUGCACAUCAUCGAUCCCACGCUGGAGAGGCGCCUUACCAGUGCCCCGACUGUGAGAAAAGCUUCAGUCAGAUGUCGCACCUCAUUAGACAUCAGAGGUUCCACAAGGGAGAGAAACCCUACAAGUGCCUCAACUGUGGGAAAAGCUUCUGUCAGAGCUCAGACCUUAUUACGCAUCAGAGAAUCCACACGGGAGAGAAGCCCUAUAAAUGCUCUGAGUGCGGGAAAGGAUUCAGUCGGAGCUCAAACCUUAUUGCCCACCAGAGAACCCACACGGGAGAGAAACUCUAUCAGUGCUCCCACUGUGGAAAGAGCAUGACCCGGAGUUCAAACCUCGUUCGACAUCAGAGAACUCACACCAGGGGAAAACUGUUUAAAAAAAGCCUGGAUCCAACCUAGCCAUUGUGAAUAAUACACUGGCCUUUUCCCGUUAAUGAUGGCGGUGUUUGGACCCAGUUACUCAAAGGAGGCUCCUAAUUUCUGUUGAAAUCAAUAGAAGUCAGGAGCAUAAAUAGCUUUUGAGAAUCUGGGCUUUGGCUCCAAUGUACGUCUGGGGUCAGGAGAUUGGGAACCAGAAUGGAGGGCACAGUUGCUUGGGAGUUGUGACACAGAUGAUGAACAUAGGCAUAUCUUCAAAGACCAUUAUACUGAGAUAGACCAUGCACAUGAAUCUGCGGAAUGUUCAUAGUCCUUUGUAUCGAUGCAGGCAUAUGUUUUCAUGUGUUCUUCAAAUCUGUAGGGAGUGAUUAAUGCAAAACUCCCAAACCUGGCUAUGUAGAUGUCCAAUCUUUGACGUCUGACCUCCUAGGCCAUAGGGGAAGUUAUUAAAAUUGGUAACUAACUCAGCUUCCCUGAACAGAAGAUUCCCUCACAGUGAUCAGGUUGAUUAUUGUAUUGAAUUAACUGGAUUUGUCUAUUACUUUCAGCAAACUGAAUAUUCUCUGUUAAGUUCUUACAUUUACCUUUUUUAUCUUACUUUUCCUUUUCUCUAGAACCAUCUUUCUUUUGUUUUCUGCAAUUUCUGACUUAUUCUUAAUAGCAUUCUAGUUAAGAAAACCGAUACAUUCAGGAGCACCAAUGGACUGGUUUGGGUUUGCAAUGUCCUGAACUGGAUCCUGGAGACAGAAUUGGGAUGAUGUGGUUUUUUCUUACUUUAAAUGCAGAGGAAUAAAGUGCAACUGAGUUUCCCAAAGUCUGAGUCUUACAACACAAAUGGGGUGAGAUUGGGGCCUGUGGGAAAGUCUGUCGGUAACACUGUCCUAGUGCUGCAAAUCUGCGGAUAUCCGCAUCUGUGGAUAUCAAUGGACCAUAUUGAUGGAUGCGAUCCAAAUUUUAUAUCUAGAGCCCUAAAAAUCUGCAGAUAUCCGCUUGAUAUCCACUUGCUAUCUGCAGAUAUUUGCUUGAUAUCCACUUGCUAUCUGCGGACCACAGAUCGGCUGCGGAUACAAAUUUUGUAUCCACCCAGGGCUCUAGUGAAUGUAAUUACAUCAGAGGUCUGCUUUUUGAUAUAGUCAUCCUUACAGAACCAUCAAUACAUUACUAUUGCCGUUUUAGUGUAAUUCUUAAUGCAUUACACUAUAAUAACUCUGACAUAUACAUAUACUGGGGUGGCCAAACUUACUGACCCUCUGAGCUGCAUACAACAAUCUUCAGUAGUUCGAGAGAUGCAGCGCACCUGCUGAAGCUCCGAGCCCUGGCCGGCGCGCCCUGCGAGGCUGAAGCCCCUAGCCCCACCCGCUGGCUGGAGGGCAGAAGCCCCUUACCCCACACCCUCUCCCCCCCACAGGGCAGAAGCCCUAAGCUCUGCCCCCCUCCAGUCUGGUAGGCAGAGAAUGGGAGGAGGGCUCCAUGAGCUGCACUUUAACUGUAGAAGAGCUGCAUGUGGCUCACGAGCUAUGGUUUGGCUACCCCUGACAUUUACCCAUUAAAAAAAUCCUAUGACUAAGAUAGCUCCAUGGCUGAAUUCCUUGUACCUGCCCUAGUUAGAAUCUGAGUUAUCACAUGCACUGUAUUUCUCCUGUCACUAAUUGCUUUAGUUUCAGAUUUAUUUAUUCAUUUAUUCUUCUAGGAGCAGGUAUCAAAGAGUUAAUCCCAGGAUAAGGCAUGUGUAAAUAUAUUAUUAAUUUAGGUGGAGUCUGAAAUACCUGGGUUCAGUAUAAAACUACAUA